UGUGAAACUCUUAGCUGCUUGCACUGACCUACAGUGGAAGAGUCUACACUGCAGCCUGGAUUCACACACACACACACACACACACACACGCAGAGAGAGAGUUCUUUUGGUACACUCACUCUCUCCUAUUUGAUGGACUGAGCACCCUCUUCAUCAGUAUUUGGAGCUUAACCGCUGUACCAGCCCGUACUGCUGCACCUCACUGAACACAGGCUCUCAAAGUCACUGGCAUCUGACAGAAAACCCUCCCUACCACACAAAGAAAGGAAGGAAGGAAGGAAGGAAGAAAACAAAAAGAAGACAGAUAAGAACAAAAGCCAGAGUGUGACUUUGACUUCAAAUCAAAGCAAGUGUGUUAAGUGAGAAGACUUGUUCCAUACUGCCACAGCCAUGGCAGACAGUGUGAUUGAGGAGUCAGACUACUACCCUGGGAAGGAUGAAUUGGACUGGGGAUAUCAAGAAGUAGGUAAAGAACUUAAAGAAGGUGUCGAGUGGGGUUUGCUGUUCCCUGAUGCCAAUGGGGAGUACCAGUCACCCAUCAACCUGAACUCCCGGGAGGCGCAUUAUGACCCCUUGCUUCUGGACGUGGGGCUAACACCCAAUUACGUUGUGUGUCGGGACUGUGAGGUCAUCAACGAUGGACACACCGUACGCAUCAUGCUGAGGUCCAAAUCAGUGGUAACUGGUGGACCGUUGCAAAUUGAUCAUGAGUACGAGCUGCAUGAGGUGCGCUUCCACUGGGGCAAAGAGAACCAGAGGGGCUCAGAACACACCGUCAACUUUAAGGCCUUCCCCAUGGAGCUCCAUCUGAUCCACUGGAACACAACCCUGUUCAACAGUGUGGAGGAAGCCCUGGGUAAGAACAACGGAGUUCUCAUCAUCGCUCUGUUUGUGCAGAUAGGGAAGGAGCAUCUGGGGUUGAAGGCCAUAACAGAAGUGCUGCAGGACCUACAAUACAAGGGGAAGACCAAGAUCAUACCGUGCUUCAAUCCCAACACACUACUUCCUGACCCUCUCCUGAGAGACUACUGGGUGUAUGAGGGCUCCCUGACCACCCCUCCAUGUAGUGAGAGUGUGACCUGGAUCCUGUACCGUUACCCACUCACCAUCUCACAGUUACAGAUAGAGGAGUUCAGGAGGCUCAGGUCCCAUCUGAAAGGUGCUGAUCUACCUGAGGGGAACGACGGGAUGUUGGGAGACAACUUCCGCCCCUCUCAGCCCCUCAGCGACAGGACCAUCCGGGCUGCCUUCCAGUGACACCCCCCUUCCCCCGUCUAUCCUCCACGGGGGAUCUUUAGCUCCACGCUUAACAGACAAGUGUGCUGGAGUCAGAGCAGAUCCCCAACAGCUGCAACCUGUUCCAUAAUCAAGACCUCUACAAAUACUCAGCCCUGCCACUUCCACGCUGCCAGAUCGUAAUCUCUGCUCAUUCCGCCUGCUCCGACCCUGGUCCCUGUCUCCAGUCCGACGUCUCGUCAUCCUGCUACUCUGUCCUGGAUUCCCCACUCUACUACCCCAUUGGAAUCCCCUCCGGACCUGCUUACCCUGUCUCAACCCCUCUCGCUCCAGCCUCCACAUCCGCACCUGGUUUACAGCAACCCGCCCGAGCUUCCCAUGACCUGCACUCCAUCUCCCCCCUGUGUUUCAAUAAAUACCUUGGUUAUUUCAUCCCAGUCUCUUCGUCUGAGUCUGCUAAUGGGUUCCACUCCGCGUAACAGGUAUAAGGAUUCAUAAGGAUUAUGUGACAUAAAGUGUGCCUGAAAACGUCAUUUCUAGCUCUGUAACCAUCAUAGCGCAUACACAGAAAACAGGAUAAUAGUUUGUGGAUUUAAGAGUGGAAAAUAUGAAUAUUGCACAAUGUCAAACAACUCUAACCCAAAACAUAGGACUUAUAAAAUAACACUUUGCUCGUCUACCCCCUACCUCUGUGUCCAAACCCAGUCGUAGCAGCGACAUGACUGCUGGAAUGUUCCAACAUCUGCAAAAUAUUCCCUUUUUUUAUUUUCAUACUGAGAAAGAGAGUGAAACGAGAGAAAGGAGGGGAGAGGGAGAACGGCCUUGUUGAAUUGGCUGGAUCGCUGGAAGUUGUUACAUUGAAUCCCCUGGACUGGUAGCUACAGAUUGUAACACCAGAUUUGGACCACUGUAUUGGUAGUUACAGAAGUGGCUGUACAAAAUGUUGCUGGAGAUUUUUCAAUUAACCUGGUAUUUGCGAUACUAUCUUCGUCCUCGAAUUGUGGAAACAGGCAUUUCAUAAAAUGGCUGUGUCCAGUGUCAGGGGGUCCAUGUGAAUCGAUAAAAUGCUCUGUUAAAAUAAAUAAAUGUUUGGUCCAUGAAGUAAUCCAACAAUGUGUACACCACCAUCUUGUCUUUUUAAAAUCUUCUCUCAUUGAUUGAGACAGGGGGGUCCACCCCAAAGGGCCGCAUGCCAGGAUGACAGAAGCCUGUCUCGAUUUAAUGAGAGAAGAUUUGUAAAAAUAAGAUGACGGCAUACACAUUGUCGCCAAUACCAGGUUAGCUAAAAAAUGCCAACGUUUUGUAGAGCCACACCUGUAACUACCAGUAUAAUGGUCCACAUUUCUGUGGUUAAGUCACAUUAUCUGGUGUUACAAUUUAUAGCUAUUGGACUUGGAGGGAGCUCACAAAGGCACGAUUUUACUCUGUUGAUGAAGGCAGCGCUGACAGACCAACCAGCUGGCUUCACCUGUGACCUGGAACAUAGCCAUUUGCUGUUGGCUGGUACAUCCAUGCUCUGGAAGGAGAUACAUGAUUGGCUCUGAUCCAAUAUCCACACUAACAGUAGUAUACUAGAUGGAAGCGCUGGAUUGGGCAUGCAUUCUUACUGGUGUGAUAGUGGGGUUGUUGGUGGAAUUUAGUCCUUGUGAUAGGAUUUGUUUAGGUUUCAUACAGGUAUGCAUAUGUCGCUUGGGGCAUGUACUUGUACUGUACUGUCAUGCAGGUUGCAGUUUGUGUAAUAAGUAGAAAAAUGUGAAUCAACUAACACCUGUUCCUAGGGAUUUUCAAAAUAUGGAAAAUAAAUGUAUAAAAUGACUAAAAAAAAGAUGCUGUUGAAACCGCACUGUCUCUCAGAAUAGCAAGCAGAAAGGCAGAAAUGUAUGUAGUUCUGUAUAAUAUACAUGGUCAGGUUUAAUGACCUUAGGUCAGGUUUAAUGCCGUAUAAUCUCAGAUGUCUCAGGCUGAUAUUUGUUGAGAUAUUUCCGUCAGCUUCUGGCUCCUGUCCUCGCAGUAUUAAACGCAGUGUUUUUGGGCUUUUCGAUAUCUGCUUAUCUAGCAAUAGGAAGCAUGACAAUAGACAAUUAGACCACAGUGUGCCCUUUCUUGUAAAAACAAAGGAGACAUCCAUCAAAUGUAAAUGACCUUUUAAGGGCUAUAGACAACACAGUACAGCACAGAGUUAUAGGCUAUGAAAAUUAAACAAUGAAGAAUUUUGUUGUGAUGUUUUUAGACAUUUUAAGGUUCUGCAGUUCUUGUACUGACUAAUGUGAUGAUGAUGAUGAUGCUGAUAAAGAUUACUCUUACUGUAACUUAACAAUAAAGGUCAAACUGUCAGUAGUAA